AUGAUGCAGAAUCAUCAAAAAAACAACAACAGUAACAAGAUCGGGGCUGACUCGCUUUUCUACAUUCAUGCUUCAGAUUAUCCCAAACAAAUGCUAGUGACUGAUGCCCUCACAGACAUCAAUUAUGUUAAUUGGGUUCAGGAGAUGAGAAACUUCUUGUUCGCCAAAAACAAGAUAGGUUUUGUUGACAAGACUAUUGUAAAGUCGACGGGAAGUUCCACUAAUUUCAUGCCUUGGAUGAGAUGUGAUGCCAUGGUGAAGGGAUGGUUGAUGACAGCAAUAGAGAAAAAUAUACGGUCAAGUGUCAAAUAUGCCAACACCGUUGCAGAGAUCUGGGCUGAUCUUGAAGAAAUGUUCGGAAGAGAGAGCGCACCAUGUGCUUACGAGUUGAAAUAG